GAUGGAAGAGUAUCAGCAAUUGCUAUUAGAGUGUCAGCUGUGUCAUCUUUCAUCAUUAUUAUUGCCAUUGGUGCUGUAGUUGUGCUGAUUUGGUGGAAGAAGUCACACAAAGGUGGUUACAGCUUCUCUGGUGUAGUUCACGGUUGCUUUUGUUGUUCUUCCCCGAGUGAAACUAACGACCUUGAGUUAUGCAGUAAUGCUAGUGUAAGGAGCGGUUCUCGACUGAUAUCAGAUGAUGGUGGCGCCAAACAGAAAAAGGAUGGACAUGCUGAAGGAGAAGCCAAACUUGACCAAAGACAGGACAGUGGCAUUAGUGUGAGGAAUCCUCUGGAAGGAGAAGCCAAACCCCCUCGCAGUCUAAGUAGCUCGCUGGACAGUGGUAUCAAUUUUAGCACCCCUCCAGUGAUGUCCAAACAAAAAGGGAUGUACACCGAUGUGAAACCCUCAACAUCAGGAGUGCAACCCCCUAUCCCAGAGGACACCAGAGUCCAGUACCAGGAGAUUGACAUCAGAACUACUCAUAAAAUGGCACUUUCUCCCUAUGCUGAGCUGGGACCUAUUCCUACCAAAAGGCCAAAACCCCCCAAGAUCGAAACCAAGACACAGGGCCCCUAUGUUGAUGUCCUACCUCACGCCACUACUCCUGUGACUGGCAAUGACAACAGAGGACCCCCCACAGUGGAGUCAGUGAUGUCACUGUUGUGGGGUGUGAGACCUCGUUGGAAGGAGAUAGCAGAGGGUCUGGAGUUUGAUGAGGAUCGGAUUGAUGAGAUAGACACCAACGACACUGAUGAGGGCCGUCUGCACCACUGUGUGGAGAUGUGGGUUUUCAAACUACAGCCAUCCUGGGAGAAACUAUCUCAUGUACUGAAGGAACUGGGGGAAGUGGAACUGGCGCGUCAGGCCUGGAGUGAAGAGCACAUCCAACAGUCAUCAAGAAAGCUCAGUGAUGCAACAAGUGGAAUAGGAACAGGGUGUGAUGUCUCCCCUGCACUGCCUCGGUUUGGUGACGGAGACAGUGGAGGUGGGGAGGGUGUGACUGGGGGUGAGGGUGAGGUGGACCCACAGCGUCAAACAACGUUCCCCAAGGGAGACAAGUCUAUUACAACACACACCAUUCAGGCCAGUUACAACUUCACUCUUCAGGGGAAGAACCCCCUCUUCAAUUUCUACUGACUCCAGUAGAGCACAGUUCUGGAGAACAGAUGUGCAACUCAGGUUAGGACAUUAUCUGCAUUCUCCUGUUUAGCACCUAUUCUUCCUGGUCACACACUUCCCCAAUGCUCCACUGUUUGAUGGUAAUAGGUGUUGCUGAACCAUUGGAUGGUGAUAACAUGAUUAAUAGUUAGUUAGCUACUUCCAGCACCAACAGUUCAAUCAACAGCAGUGACCCAGUUCCUCAUGAUCUCAUAACUGUUUAUUAGUUUGCCAUAACUCUCCCACUCUCCCACCUGUGCUAACUCUCUCCUAUCUGUGCGAAUAUAUCCACUCAGAUGAUGCUGGGUUUGAUGAGAGCGUAGUAGUCGAAUCAGGGAGGAAAGACUGGCAUCCCGAGUUUGUCUUCCCUCAGACCCUAGGUCCCAGUUAUGACUCAAGUACCAGGGUUUGUUACAUAAUCUGUUCCCAGGGGGUGUUGAAGUGGACCAAAAACCACACGUGGAGAAUUUUUAUCAAACAACCACGAGUAUUGGUACAGCCAAUAUAGAGGCAGAGGAUGUUGUUGUCAACGAGAACAUCUGUGACGGAACUACAGUUGAAUGCACAGAGUCCUCAAGCACCAAAGCUAAUAAUGCUGUGAUGGUGACGGGACAAAUGCAGGAGAGACAUCGCUGGCCAGUUGCAGAUCUCCCUAACAUACAGCCGCAACCUGCUGGACUGUCCAAACGACAACCAAAGCAUACACCGCCCUUGCCCAAGUUUAGGGCACAGACUCUCCAAGAAAGCCACCCCCGAUAUCCAACACACAAGAACAGCAGUAACAGCCACGCCGUGGAUCUUACUCUAACCUUGCAAUGGAUGGACCUGAGAUUGGGCCUGGGAUUCGGUUUUGAAGAACACCCCACUUUCGAGAGCUCUGCAUGGACCCAACCCAGUUGAUCAGCUGCUGUCGUGCUCUGUUGUAUCGUCAUAAUGUGCUAUUGUCUGCAAUACGGGAUUGACUGCAUGUUAUUCUACUGUAUGUAACUAAACUGUAGUGGAAGAUGCUGUAUGCAUUCAUCCAUUUGUAGUGUAGCAUUAUUUUUACUGAAGUACGUCACAGCAAUGUCAGCACAUGCCGUAUUUAGACUAGUAAACGAAAACAACUUUCAUCAUAAACAGAGUGUAUGUAAAAUAAGAAGUUCCUAUUGUGUAUGUAAUCGGUCAGUGUGAAAGAAUUUGGUGAUAGUGUGGUAUGACUGGUUGUACUUGAGAAACACCUCUUCUUCUCCGUCUCCUUGGUCGAGUGGCCCACUCCCUGGUCCAGGAGUGGAGCCACUGGAGGAGGAGAGCGGGUACCUCCUGAUGUGUCGUGGAGGCAGAGAGACGCUCCC